AUGGCAUCCAUGAACUAUCGAGACUUUACCAAUGCAAUGAAUAACGCAGAUAAGAUCAGUCAAGAAUCUUCAUCGAAUUCAACAUUUAAUAUUGUAAUCGUUGGAGCUGGUGUUGCUGGUCUAACUUGUGCUAGACAUUUAACACAUUUACUCAAGAAACGGCCACAUAAAAUCACAGUGCUCGAAGCACGUGACAGAGUCGGUGGUCGAACAUUGAGUAUACCUGAACUUAAUCUUGAUUUGGGCGCAUCUUGGAUCUUUUCAUCUCACACUGCCGCACUCUCACUUGCACAUGAGCUUAAUAUUAGUACAAUCAAUCAAUAUGAAAGUGGAAUGUCACUUAUUAGUACCGGAUAUAGUGGUAUUAAACGCAUGACCUUAGGUAGCAUUCAUCACGGUGCUAAACGUCUUAAAGGUGGAACAAGUAGUUUGUGUACUGCAAUACUCACUGAACUAACUACAAAAAAUCGAACAACAGUCACUAUAGCACUUAACUCACCGGUUAUGUCUAUUGCAUACGAAACUAAUACAACUAUUAAUGUAAAGUUACGUAACAACAGUUCAAUAUUAGCUGAUUAUGUGGUGUUAGCUUUACCGCCCAAACUAUUAAUAUCGACUAUAAAUUUAACACCCGAAUUAUCACCAUCACUCAUCAAACAGCUCAAUAAUUGUGAUACAUGGAUGGCAUCAACAUGUAAAGCUAUUCUACAGUACGAGCGUGCAUGGUGGAAAGAUCAAAAUUUGAGUGGAUUUGCUGUAUCGCGUCAUAGCAAAGCUCAAGAAUGGCACGAUGCCAGUAGUAAUAGUUGCAAUGCUCUUUUUGUUUUCUGUUUGGCUGGUACAACCAAACAGCAAGUGAUUGAUGCUGCUGUCGAAAUAUUUGGUAAUGAGGCAAUGAAUCCGACAGCUGUAUAUAUGAUCGAUUGGAGUAGCGAAGUAUUCACAUCAUCCUCAGUAAAUGACAAUACCGGUGGCCAUGCAUAUGUAAGUGAUGAAUGUAGACAACCACAAUGGAAUGGUCGAUUGUGGCUAGGCAACAGUGAAGUUAGCAAUAGUGAUGGUGGCUUCGUUGAAGGAGCUGUUCGAAGAGGCACACAAGUAGCU